GCAGGAAGUUCCUGCCUCUACCAAUGUUGUGGUUGUUUGCGUGUUCAUUAUUUACUAGCUACAGUAGGUGGGCAAGUUCAAGUAUUUGUAUUUUGUGUAAAGAUCAGUAGACUGUAAGUUCCAUGGCGAGUCCAGAGACACCAGGAGAUGAGAGUAGGGAGCUGGGGGCCGGGGCUGCAGGGGUAAGCUGUUCAGGAACGCCUACCAAGCCUGGACCCUCAGGUGCCAACAUAGACUCCCAGCUACAAGAUGCCGUCCAUUUAAAAACGGAGGGGAACAAAUUCUACAAAGAGAAAAACCUUCGGUCUGCAAUUGGACGUUACCACCGUUCGUUGCUCAUUCUGCGUAGUUUAGACUCUGAUGUCACUGCGGCAGUGAAGGGGUUUGGUCCUGAGGCUCCUGUACUCACCACAGGACAAGAAGAACUACUUAGGAACACACAGAUUGACUGCUACAACAAUUUAGCAGCCUGUCUGCUGCAGAGGGAGUGUGUCGACUACACGCGUGUCCAGGAGUACAGCUUGCGGGUGUUGCAGUUGCGGCCAGGUGACAUCAAGGCCCUGUACAGAGCAGGAGUGGCCACUCUGGAGCUGGGAGACUCACAGAGCGCCAAGCAAUACCUCACUCAGGCCAGCAAAGGACAACCCAAUGACACUAAUGUGAGGAGGCACCUGCAGCGAGCGGAGGAGAGGCUGAGCACGGAGUACCAGAAGGAGAAGGCUCUGUACCGGGGCAUGUUCUCCUCCAGUCAGGGAGCCGGGGAGGGGGCCAGCGGAGGUGUCACCCAGAAUUAAGUUCCCAUCAGGAGGGAUGUUCUGUUGUUCUGACCCUGACUGAGGAUUGAGAAGAGCACUGGAGAAGAAAGAAGAACCAAGCCUGGACUGGACACCUGAGAAGAGUUACAGCACAUUUCAGGGAAUCGGCCUGAGUAAGGUGCUGCGCAGGUUUGCUAAUAUGGAUCACAUAAUGACUAGUUAUUUACGAGGCAAGAUUAUUCAUUUUUUAUAGAUCAUUGAUUCUGUGCAGAGCCUUGAUCAGGCUGAUCCUAUUGAAUAGCCUGUUAUGCUAUAGAGAAUAUUUGUGCCUGAUGACCAACAAGGAGAUGGAGCUAAAUUGUUGGAGGUUCAGCAUAAGGGUUGAAGGUCAAAGCGAGGGAGCUACAGAGAGACUAUUUGUGCACUUUUCAAACUCAGUCCUGUUAUGCCUUCUGAAAGUGGUUGUUUCUGGUCACAUAAUCAGUCGUGUUUCUUUUUGUGUACAAAAUGUUUUGAUUAAACUUAAUAAAUAUUUUUUGAAAUUA